AUGAGAUUACUUUUGUAUUCAAGUGUUCGAAAAGUUUUUGACUAUAAGAGAAACUUUUUGCAACGAGCUCUUCAUGCAAGUAUCCAGGAGGAUAAGAAUUGUUUUAUCGAGAAACUAGAAGGCGAAGAUAAAGGCAUCUCAAUUAUAAAUUUAAAUCGACCAAGCACAAAAAAUGCAAUAUCGCAAAAGCUUUUGAUGGAGUUUCAUGAUGUGAUAGGAAAAUUACGAAAUGAAUC